AUUACGUGUUCCGGAUAGAAUUUCCCGAUCGAAACAAUUGCUAAUAUAAUAUGAGUACAGAGUAUAUGCUAAAGUUAAAUUCAAUGAUUGCUUAGCAAUUUCUCAUCGUCGUUCCCUUAAAUAAUUAGACUUCUUAAUUUAAUAUAUUUUCUAUUCAUCACGGCAUCACAUAUACAGGUAACACGUAUGUCUCUAUAUCUCUGCGACUGUAAUCUUUGUAUAUGCCGUCUCAUGGAUUGAUGGAAGCUCCUGAGCCCAAAAUCCAAUACCCUUUUGUUCAUCUUGAUGAUCUUGAUCAAAGUCUUCGCUCUUUAUCGGUUGAUGAGGACUUAAAAGAGCACAAGCAAGAUAAUGCAUUGAUAGGAGCUGGUAAACCUCUGUUCAAAGAAAAGACAAAACCAAAAGAUGAUGCAAGUUUGUCAUCUGAUGCAGUGAGUGUGUCACGUUCUGUUCAACAUGAUUCAGAUACUAACAAUCAUAAACAAAGUGAAUAUUUCUACUAUGAUCCCCCGCUCUCUGAGGAAACUGGUGUCUGGAUACCAGUUUCAGUCCCACCAAUGUCUGAAAAUGAACGUAUAGAAUGGAAUAGAGGACUGUGCUUGAAUGGCGGAUAUGCACCUGAUAGUGACAUGGGCUGGGAACAGUUUGGUGGAGAAGACAGGGAAAUGACUAUGUGGGAUGUGGUUCUUGAUAUGUUACUCGCAGCUCGAGGAAAAGUUGGUGCUCUUGCUUCUGGUGAUGCCCGUGCAUGUCAGAUUACCUGGCUAACAAACCACCUUCUUCUUGAGCAAACUUGGAAAGAGAUGUCUCAAACACUUACAGAGGCUAAUUUUAGCAGCAUACAGGAGAUCCUUGAAGCAGUUCCACCUAAAUGGUUAGCUGACAGUGCUGCUUCUGCUUGUAUGUUGUGUAAUGUUCGUUUUCAUCCUAUCAUGUGCUCCAGACAUCAUUGUCGCUUCUGUGGAGGGCUUUAUUGCAACGAAUGCUCCAAAGGAAGAAGCUUGUUGCCUCCUAAGUUUCGAAAAGAGAAUCCUGAACGUGUGUGUGAUGUAUGUUGUGUUCGGCUCGAGUCAGUCCAGUCACAUUUGAUGGACCAAGUUAGCCGUGCAGCACAAUCACCGACCAAUGAUUUGACAGACCUUAGUACAUUGAGGUCAUGGCUUAAUUUCCCUUGGGGCCAGUCCAUGGAGUAUGAAAUCUAUAAAGCUGCAAACACCAUUCGAGGCUAUGAUAAGGUUGGCUCGUUGACACCUGAGAAAUCCAUACCAGAUGCUAUAUUAAAACAAGCAAAAGGGCUUGCAAUUCUUUCAAUUGCCAAAGUUGGCAUGAUGGUGACUUACAAUGUUGGCACAGGGAUAGUUGUUGCUCGUAGAGAAGAUGGAUCUUGGUCGCCCCCAUCUGCGAUUUCUUCUUUUGGCAUUGGCUGGGGAGCUCAGGUUGGUGGGGAAGUGACAGAUUUCAUAAUUGUGUUAAGAACAAAUGAGGCAGUAAGAAUGUUCGGAGGAAAUGUGCACUUUUCAAUUGGAGCUGGUUUAAGCGCAGCUGUUGGCAUAGUUGGAAGAGCUGCAGGAGCUGAUUUACGAGCUGGGGAUGGGGGUUGUGCUGCUUGUUAUACUUACAGCUGUAGUAAAGGUGCAUUUGUUGGGUGCUCUCUAGAGGGGAACAUGGUGGCUACCCGCAUGCAAGAAAAUCGCAGGUUCUAUGGUAAACCUUCUAUUAAUACAUCGGAGAUCCUUCUUGGAUCAUUGCCACGGCCUCCAGCAGCUGCAGUUCUCUACCGUGCCCUUUCAGAAUUGUUCAAAAAAGCUGGGAUAUGAUUGGUAAAGAGUAUGGGUUGACAACAUAUCUACUGCCACAGAGUAAUGGAUCAGUGCAAGACACGGAUCGUCUUGUUGAUCCUUUUCCCAGCGUUGCCUAUUAUUGUGGUUAUCAUCUGUUCUAUGUUCAAGAUCAAGUGACUGGUGCCUGAAAAUGGCUGUACAGUGUAAGAAAGCCAGAUUGGAAUCAGACUUGAAGUGUUAUUCAUUGGGAUGGAAAGCUAUUAAAGCUGUUCACUGUAUAUAAAUUCAUAUUCACACAUUUACAAGGAGUUUAUAAAUUCAAAUUACUCAUUGCAAUAACUGAAUGUCCAUUAAGUUUAUAUAAUAUAAUAUAAUCUAUCUAGUGAUUUUUCUUGCA